CAGUCCAGGGAAAGUCCCUCUUUCUCCCAGCGCUGACAGCUGUGCCUGGCAUGGGUGGAGCGGCCCCUGGAAACUCCGCGGCUCCCAUACAGGCUGGAGUGGGCAGCUCCGGGAGUCACUCGGCACUGGGAGCCGCGGGGGCAGGCAGCAGCCAGUGGCCAGGGAACGUGCCCCGAUCCCCAGCUGGGAGCCCUACGCUUUGCUCGCCCAGGGAGGCUCAGAGACCAGGUGAGGGAUCCUAUCACACUAGCCAUGCCCAGAUCCGGUGCCUUCAUCCCUCUCCUCCUCCUGUUCCUUCUCCCGGGGGUCUCCCCCUACUGCUACACGGGCAAAGCUGAGGUGUGCGAUGAGAACAUGGCCUUUGUGCCUGCACACAACCUGGUGGGGGAGGGCAUCGACAUCACCACGCUGGAGUGGACAGGGGCCUACCUGGUGGACACCAGCUUAUGGCGCGGCCCAAACGGCACCUGCAGCCUGUGCCGGAACCCGCUGCAGGGGGGGCAGCUGCAGAGGGUGCCUCUGCCCGUGGUCGACUGGAGGGUCCACAGCUGGUGCAACCGGGACCUCAGCAGCUCGGUGGCAGAGUCAGCCGUGGACGUGGCCCGGGCAAUAGCAUCGGAUGUGAAAAAUGACUGGAAGUUGGAGCUGGGGCUGCCGGAUGAGUCCCCAGUCCUGGCCCUGGGGGGGUCCCAAUCCCGGCUCGCUGGUUAUGCCUACCAGAAGGAGCUGCAGGACAAGUACAUGUUCAUACGCCACGAGGUGUCUUGUGUGUAUUACAGGUUGAGGCUCCCCCAAGACCCCCCACUGACGCCCCACUUCUCCCAGGCCCUGAGCCGCCUCCCACCCAGCUACGACUCAGCCGCAUACCGGCCCCUCCUGGCCACGUACGGCACCCACUACGUUAGCCAGGCAGCACUGGGGGGGCGCGUGCGGCAGCUGACGGCCGCCCAGACCUGCCGGGCGGUAUUGGACGAGCUGACGGCUUCCGACAUCAAGGAGUGCCUGGCCUCACAGUUCUCACUGAACCUGGGCUUGAGUUCACUUUCCUCAAACUCUAAGUGCCGUGAGGGGAGCAGCCGCUGGCACAAGUGGCGCUCCCAGGCGGCCUACAUGGAGCACCGCGCCGAGGUGACGGGCGGCCACGGCCAUGCCGACCUGCUCUUCUCCACCAAGCAAGACGCUGGGGUCUUCUCGGCUUGGAUGGAGAGCCUCAAAACCAGCCCCGGCCUUGUCUCCUACUCCCUGAUGCCCAUCCACACCUUGGUGGAGCCAGACGACCCCAGGCGGGAGGCGCUGAGGCAGGCAGUGAAGGAGUACGUGGCUGAGCGGGGACGGAGGAGGAGUUGCCCUCGUAGCUGCCCAGAGGGGGGCCAGGCCGACCCCUGGGACCCCUGCAAAUGCUACUGCUUCAGCAACCCCCUCACCAACUCCAUGUGCUGCUCGCUCAAGCGGGGCAUGGCCCGGCUGAAGGUCCAUGUGCUGCGGGCCAAAGACCUGUGGGGGGACCCCACGUCCGACACUGACGCCUACGUCAGGUUCUUGUUCCAAGGCCGACGGCUGCGGACGGGCUCCAUUGAGGAAGAUAACGACCCCAUCUGGUUCAAAGACCUGGACUUUGGGCCGGUGAUGCUGCCGGCGCUGCCCAAAAUGGAAACAGAAGUGUGGGACAGUGACCCAUGGGACGAUGACCUCCUAGGCCGCUGCUACACUUACCUUGAGGUUGGCAGGGAUGUCAGGCAUAUCUGCCACCUCGCACAUGGCCACUUGCAGUUUUCCUACACACUGAAGUGCGGGCCCAACCUGGGGGGCACCAAUUGCCAUGAGUACGUGCCUGCGAGAGGCUGAGGGGAGAGAACCCAGGAGUCCUGACUCCCAGCCCCCCUGCUUUAACCCCACUACUCCCCACUCCCCUCCCUGAUCUGGGGAGAGAACCCAGGAGUCCUGGCUCCC